CUUUUUUUUUUUGAAGUCUGACUUUUGUUAGUUUUGAUUGGCUUUCUAUUUUAAAUUAAUUCUUUUAUUAAGUAAAGGGAAAUUACUUCUUUGAUAAGCAUGUUUAAUUCAACUAAGAAUUAGUAAAUUUGUUUUUGGAUUUUUUCCAUAUGUUAUUCAACCCAAAAUGGAUAUAUAUUUGCUUUUCUUGUUUUGGGAAAUUUAUUCUUUUCCCCUCUGUUUUUGAGAUUCAAUGAACUCUCUCUUUCUUUCUGUUUUUUUGUGUUCUGAAAGUUGGCUGUAGAGAGAGAGAGAGAGUGAGAGAUUGAGAUUACAUGAACAGUGAAAAACUGAGCAUGUCUACAAUUGAAGGGACACAGGUCUGUCAAAUGCGGACAAUUAGGUUAUGGAAAAUUCUUAAUUUUCUCUUCCGAUUAAAAAUAAACAAAAGUUCUCUGCUUUAUCGAUUUUCGUUCCUAAAUCUUGGAAAGUGGAUUCGUAGAUGGUCAAAUCAGAAAUGUUAUUUUUAUUAGAAUUCUCCACGUAACGAUGUCUCUGAAUUAUUGUUUUAUGUGUAUUUUAUUCAAAUUUAUUUUUAUUUUUGUUUGUGGUGAAUUUGCAUGUACAUUUUCACACUGAAAAAAUUCAUGGGGAUGGACAAUGAUCUCCUUUCCACGUGGACCUCCAUGUCUAUUUCGAUUCCACUCAGAAACAACAACAUCAGCACCUAUUCACCAAAAAAACAACGUCAGCACCUGCAAUUUCAAUCUUCUAAUUAUUAGGGGAGUUAAAUAUUAUGCAUACAAACAAAAUACACAGAUUUAAGAUGUUGGUUAGCCCUUCCUUGACCUCAUUUGCACCGCCUGAUCUGCUUGGAUUUGGGCUUUUCUUGAUGAAAAAACAAUACCCGUUUGAGUUUAUUCGUUGUAAUCCUGAAAUUCAUAUUCAGUCAGAUCUGGGUCUCUGUAAAGAUGUACGCUUUUUCGUUUUUUCCCUUCUCCUUUUUAGGCGUUUAUUCUUUGCUUUUUCCACAGCUCAGUUGCAUCUUACUUUUUCUGUUUUGUGCUUGUGCAUUUUGUGGCAGAUUAAUUGCAGAGAAAAGGAUCUUAUUUUAGAGUAGCUGGGUUUAAUUCCAUUUGAAUGUGUGAUACAUGAAAGCCAAGGCUGGCAUCAGAUGCGGUUUUGAUGAUAUGAAUGAGUCUAUCAAUGUUGUGUAAUUUGUAUAGUUGUGGAUGGAUGUAAUUGGAUCAGAGAGAGCAUUUAGGAAGCAUACAGCAGUGGAGACCCCAAGACCACCGUUGGUUCCCGCGGAAAAGAACAAUGCACUCACCACGCGCCGCCCUCGAACGAGGGAAGUUAGUUCUAGGUACAUGUCACCUUCACGGGCUACGCCGUCAACGCCGCCCAGUCCUCGGCGUUGCCCAUCUCCAAACCUCACAAGAACGGUACCUACUUCCUCUCACUCGGCUCCAAAAAGAGCUCAAUCUGUGGACAGGAAGCGGCCUUCCACGCCCCCUUCCCCACAAAGUCCAUCCACUCCGGUUCAAGACUCAUCUGUAGAUAUUAAUUUAACGUCCAGAAGGACAUCCACCGGUAGGCUGCCAGACAGUUUAUGGCCUUCCACUAUGCGUAGUUUGAGUGUUUCCUUCCAGUCGGAUACCAUUUCUAUUCCCGUCAGCAAGAAGGAAAAACCAGUUAGCAAUGCCUUGUCUGAUCGCACUUUGCGGCCGUCUUCGAAUGUGGCACAUAAGCAGGUUGAAACACCUACUGUUACACGAAAGCCCACACCGGAGAGAAAGAGAAGCCCUCUUAAAGGGAAAAAUGCACCCGAUCAGUCGGAGAAUUCUAAACCGGUUGAUGGGUUACAUACUCGAUUGAUAGAUCAGCAUCGGUGGCCAAGUAGAAUAGGUGGAAAGGUAUCUUCCAAUGCUUUAACUAGAAGUAUGGAUUGUGUUGAUAAGACAGUUAGAAAUCUUGCUACACCAGUAACAGGAACUGGCUUGUCUUCUUUGCGGAGAUUGUCAACUUCUGAUGUCAUGGUUAAACCUUUACAAAAAACUCUUAGCGACUCCUCAAGGCUAUUGUCACUUGAAGAUGGCGGUAGAGCAGGGUUUGGGACCAACUCAGUUGAUAAUUCACUGCAUGCGUCUGGACCUCACAAGCUUAUUUCAACAGGUGUACCAGAUAGAUUAGCAUGUACAACUUCUGCUGUCAGAUCUCAUCAAUCUAUUCCUUCCACCGGAUUACGUCAUCCCUCACCUAUUAAGACCUCAAGUGUGUCAUCCCCUGUUUCAAGAGGUGUUAGUCCAUCUCGAUCAAGACCAUCUACUCCUCCUUCUAGAGGAGUUAGUCCAUCUCGACCAAGGCCAUCUACCUCUUCUAGUCAAUCUAGCAAUUCGAACUCUGUGCUUAGUUUUAUUGCCGAUUUUAAAAAAGGUAAAAAGGGUACAGGCUACAUUGAAGAUGCUCAUCAGCUGCGGUUGCUAUAUAACAGAUAUUUGCAGUGGCGAUUUGCUAAUGCCCAGGCAGAGGCUGUACUUUAUGUUCAGAAAGUAACUGCAGAGAGAACUCUAUACAACGUUUGGAAUGCUACACUAAGUUUGUGGGACUCGGUAAUUAGGAAAAGGAUCAAUCUUCAGCAGUUGAAGCUUGAGCUUAAGCUGAACUCAGUGUUAAAUGAUCAAAUGGCCUAUCUUGAUGAUUGGGCUGUGCAUGAAAGAGAUCAUAUCUUAUCUUUAUCUGGGGCUGUUGAAGAUUUGGAGGCAAGCACUCUUCGUCUUCCGGUUGCUGGAGGGGCAAGGGCAGAUAUUGAUUCUUUGAAGGUUGCUAUCUGCUCAGCUGUUGAUGUGAUGCAGGCGAUGGCAUCCUCCAUUUGCUCUUUGCUCCCAAGGGCGGAGGGCAUGAACAGUUUGGUUUCGGAACUUGCUAUUGUAGCAGCACAGGAGAAAGGGAUGCUUGAUGAAUGUGAAGCACUGUUGGCUUCAACAGCAGCUAUGCAGGUAGAGGAAUACAGCCUUAGGACGCAUCUCUUACAGACAAAACAAGCUUUGGGUGGGGUGAGCAACCACUUUUGGCAUUCGAGGCACCUAUAUAACCCUGAUUAGCCACUGCGAACAAGUCACGGUUUUCCAAUUUAGCAGAGAGAUAGUGAUGGCGUCUCUUCGGUUCUAUUGUAAAUUGAGUUUUAGUCUACUUGUUUUUCUCUUUUUUAUUUUAUAACUUUCAUUAAGCAUUAUAUAGUUCUAUUUCAUUUUUUACCCUUCUUUGCGAAGCAAAGAGCUAUUGGCUCCAUGCUUUCCACUUGUAAUUUUUUUGUAUCACAAUUCAUGCAACUAAAAGGAGAAUGCAAAGAGAGCAAAGAAUUGAAAUUCAAUGUAGAUGCGGAAGUUCAGGAGAAAUGGAAAAAGAAAUAUGUAAAAAAUGAGAUCCUGUAUAUGCUUGAACUGA